UCUCCAAAAGUUUUGUGAAUCCACCGUUCAACGUGACGAUGAAGAAAGAGAAGAAGCCGACCCGUCGUUCAAAUCUCUGUCAGCAUCGUUCGUUCCUCAACAUUAACCCCAAACCUGCGGUUAGGGUUUUACCUUCCUCUUCUAUUCGAUUUCUUUCAUUCAUUCCUCUCUUCGAUUCGAUUCCAUCCGCGACAUGUCUCUUCCUGAUUCUCUCCCUUCCUCUUCUUCUUCUCCGCCUGUGACCCGCGAAGAAACCGGGUACCAUCGCUUUGAACACGCCCAAGAUACUGGUUUUGACCAUCAUGAUCGACCGCCGUGGAAUCGUUCCGAGUACGAUUACCGCCAUGGGAGCAUUGUUGCAUCUGAGAACGUGAGGAACACUUCGACUUCCGAAGACCCUUGGUCUUGCGUUGUCGUCGUUGCUACCUUCUGUCUCUUCGUGUCGAUGACUUUGAUUCUGGGGCUUUACGGCACCACGAACGUAUGGUUGGGACCAAACUCUUCCUUCCUUAUUAAGCCAACUUCAGUGUUCGUCCAAAAUGUGAUUGUGGAAGAAUUAGGGAACAAGGGAUCAGGCUUGAUGCUGUAUGGAUUGAAACAAUCCCCACAGCUUGAUGUUCCGGCCAAAUGGUCCGAAGUUCACUAUCUAGCCGUGCCAAAUGAUUCGUACAAGUAUUGGAUACAGUAUUUGAACAAGGGGUCACGCGUAAAAGUUUCAUACAAUGUUGAAUCUGUGGGUUCUUCCCUCUACCUUGUGAUAGCCCAAGGUGUGGAUGGGCUCUCUGAAUGGGUACAAGACCCUACGCGUCCGGAAACCACAUUAUCAUGGCAUAUAAUCUCUGAUAGUGGUUUCAUCGAGCAGGACAUAACUAAGUCGUCGACAUAUUACGUUGCAGUAGGCAAUGUAUACCUGAAUGAAGUGAAGGCGACAAUUGACAUUCAGGUUGAGGGGAUAUUGUAUGAUACUACAAAUGCUUAUUACAAUUGUAGUUUCCCAAACGACAAGUGCACUUUAAGUGUUCCAUUAUUUGGAACUAAUGCUGCUGUACUAACAUCACCAGGUCCAAAGCUGAACAAUUCGAAGAAUGAGUUCUGCGCCAAACUCUCAUAUGAACCAAGGUGGAUUGCAUACAUGGUUUGCAUGGGUGUAGUGACAGCACUCUUGUUAAUCGUCUCGAGUCUCUUCAAUAAACGACAAGCAGUCUCUGAAGAUGAAAUCGUUGAUGAAAAUGAUGAUGUGGCUCCUCUAAUACCGGGCAAAGACGAUGAUAACUCGAGCUGGUGCUCGUCCUACAGUUCAAUUUUGACAAGUACGGAAGAAUUGGAAGGCGCACAUGGUGAAGGCCACAGUAGUACAAGAUAUCUCUGUGCAAUAUGCUAUGAUGCGCCUAGAGACUGUUUCUUCCUCUCUUGUGGACACUGCGUUGCUUGCUUCCAGUGCGGGACACGGAUAGCUGAAACAUCGGGAUUUUGCCCUGUAUGUCGUAGGAAGAUCAGGAAGGUAAAGAAGAUCUUCAAUGUCUAACAAAGAGAAUGAAUUAUGACACAACAGUGCACGUUGCUUGCUGUUGUUGUUUCCUCGCAUUACCGUAAUCUGUUGUAUAGAUGUAAAGAAAAGUGUGGGAUGGAGAGAAGCCAGAAGGUGCUUGUUUCUGUGUAUGAUGAUGUAUGUGUAUAUGAAAUUAUGUGGAUUCCGGAGUUUUUUAGGCUUGGUUGUACUUGUAACCAUUUUACUAAACCCGGUUCAUCCAAAAUUCUAUUUUCCCGAUUCGAUGGCUUCA